GUGUUGCCAUAGAGACUGGAUUGUACAGCAAGGUAUAAAGGAAUCCAAAGGGAAAGCUGCUUAAGUUUCUAACUGAAGAUCAGAAACUCCCUGGAGACAGCAGAGAUAAUGGCAUUGGAUCUGGAGGAUUAUUUCCGUACUGUCUUUGAGGAACACCUCUUAAUGAAAGUGCCUGUGCGGGACAGAGGUCUGAUGAGCGGAGCCACACGGAUGAUUGAGAAACAGAGAGAGAUCAGAGAGGUGGAUAAACAGCUCCAGACACACAGAGUGGAGUUUGAGUUAAAGACGGAGAGUUUGCAAAGGCGGAGAGAUGAGGUGAAGAAGAAGGAGGAGAAACUGAAGGAGUCGCUGCUCAAAUUUGACAAAUUCCUCAAAGAAAACGACUCAAAGCGUGGUCGGGGUGAGAAGAAGGCAGAGAGAGAGAGGGAUGCUGUGCGUCAGAAGGAGGGAGAGAUAGAGAAACUGAAGGAGGAGUGUGCUGUCCUAGAGGCCUGGAGAUUGAGGCUGCAGCGCAGGGUGGAGAAGAGUGCCUUCUACUGGACCUUUCUGGAACAGGUCCUCAGACUGGCCAAGUAUGAGGAUGUGUGGGAGCUACUGGGGAGGUUUGCCACCCUGCUAUCCACCAAAGAGCAGCUGCGGCAGAGGGAGAGUGAGGUGCAGGAGCAAGCUGAUGGCCAACGGGGGGCGCUACAGAGACACACAGAGCAGCAGAGCUGCAGCAUUCUGCAGAAGAAUAACCUGUUGUCUCAGCUACAGACAGAGCUGGACCAGAUACGCUCCAACGCUCUCAGAUGGGAGAACACGUGGUAUCACAUCCAGACCACAGCGGCGAAGGAGACGCUUUUAUUGGGCCAAAUUAAAGUGGUGACCCUUAACCUCUACCACAUGAUGGGUGGGACCACAGGGCAGGAAAAGGGCGUGGCCAUCGAUGACACAGAGACACAGCUAAAGAAGAUCCAGCUCUUCAUCCAAGACCAGUCUGCCAUAGUGAACAACCUCAAACAGAGCCCUUCUCAUGCCACUACUAAAGCCAAUUUAAAGUGAACAGGUGGAGGAUGAUCUAGACAGAGGAUACUGCAGGUCUUAUUAUUGGAGAUUUCAAUCCAUGUCUUGUAUUGUUUUCACACAGAUAGUAAUGUUAUGGGCAGCACUCUGUGCAGCAGUGGUGGGAAAAGUACAUAAAAGGUACUUUAAUAGAAAAUAACUCAAGUAAAAGUGAUCAUACCAAUGUCACCCAGUAAAAAACAACUUGAGUAAAAGUCUAAAAGUAUAUGGUUGUACAUGUACUUAUAUUAAGCAAACCAGACGGCACAAUUUAUUUUAUUUUAUUUACGGAGAGCCAGGUGCACAUUCCAACAGUCAGACAUAAUUUACAAACAAACACAGUAUUUGGUUUUAGUUAGUCCGCCAGAUCAGAGUCAGUAGGGAUGACAAAGCUUUAUAUUGUUAGGUUUGUGAAUAUUCAAAAUGUAACUAGUACUUUUGGGUGCCAGGGAAAAUGUAUAGGAGUAAAAAGUACAUAUUUUCUUUAAGAAUGUAAUGGAGUAAAAGGAGUCAAAAAUAUAAAUAGUAAAGUACAGAUACCCCUAAAAACGACUUUACACCAGAGCUGUGGAGCGAACGUAGCAUGAUGACAAUAAUACUUCUGCAAUCAGUCUAGUACUGACACCUAGUGGCAACUGUAGGGAAUACUAACUAUACAUAUCAAUAGAGGGCCAAACUGUUUAGUGUUUCUCAAGCCUUGAUCAAAUGUAUCCAACAAUUGCAUGGUGCCAGUUUUCUACUAUUCUGACCAAUUUUGCAUAACAACUAUAAAUUGUUAAGUUCCAUUUAAACUGAUUCAUUAAUACAAUACUGUACAUGUUUCAAUUAAAAAUAUUUUUAAACAAUGGUU